UUAUAUUAAACAAUUAUUUGUUAUUAAUAAUAUUAUUUGUUGCUAACAACAAUAUUUUUUACAGAUACCUUACUUUUUUAUCGUUCCGGCUGCUGUAUUAUCCGAUUCUUGUGUGUUGGUUGGUAUAUCGGAAGCUUUAGUGCAAGAUGUUCGAAGAAAAACUUAUAGCAGAGAUUGAAAAACACAACUGCUUGUGGGACAAACGACAGCUUAGUUACCGCGAUCGGGUGAAGAAAGAUUUGGCUUGGCGAAAUGUAGCUGCUGCUGUGGGACAUCCUGAGGAAAACUGCCGAAAGCGAUGGAAAUCGUUAAGAGACCGAUAUGGAAUAGAAUUGAAGGUUGAUCAACAACCUAGCGGAAGUGCUGCGUCGUUUUUGAAAGACACGGUCACGCCCAGACAGACAACAACAAACAUCGUCUCCCAAACGCCAGUUCUCGGACAAGAACCAGAUAUACUGGAUACUUCCUUUGGAUUCCAAAUAGGCGAGAGUGGGAACAUUAUAAUAGAAGAGCAAGAAACCACUGCCCCAACGCCGGCUAAGAGACAAAAGAAAAAAAACGAUGAGAACGCCGCCUUUAACGAUCUAGUCAACGAAGUAAGUCAGUUUGUGGAUAGUCAAAAAAAAACACACAACAAUUUCUUGGGUGCGAUUGGCGAAGUGUUUGAGAAGGUCCCAGAAGAGAGCCGCCUAGAUUUUCAAAUGGACGUACUUCAAUACGUCUAUGCUCAAUAUAAAAAUUAUAAAAAUUGAAUUUACGAAAUUUAAAAAUUUAAAUGACAUCCAGUUUGAAUUCAAUUUUGCGAACUUUAUAUGUAAUCUAAUUUAGUAUGAAAUCUGAUUUUGAUUUUGCGAAUUAAAUAUGUAAUCGAAUAUAUAUGUAAUAUAUAAUAUAUAUAUGUAAUGUAAUAAUAUGUAAUAAAUAUGUAAUCGAACCUGAAAGAUGUGACGACAU